AUGGCUUCAGUUACAGCAUUUGCGACACCCGCAUUCCUCCCCCAUUCAUCACCCGCCAUAACCAACGCCUGUGCUUCAAACCUCAGAUUUUACUUACCGGCAAAUUCUCCAAGCAACCCAUUUUCAAUACACAGCCAAAUUCUCACCAACUUAUCAGCAUUCUCUCCUCAUCAUCGCCAUGGCCGUAUGAAGACGAACCCUGGACUGCGCAAAUGGCCUGCAUCGAGAGCCGCUUCAUCUUCUUCAGAAUACGCUGAAGAACCUAAAACCAAGGUGAAGUUUCGAAAAUCACUGGAAGUUCCUGGUUGUCCAUCUUCAUUAACAUUACUUGGCAUUGGAUACAGGGAAAAGGUAUUUGCACUAAUCGGUGUUAAGGUCUAUGCUGCUGGAUUAUACACGAACCCUUUAGUCUUCAGUAAGUUAGAUGCCUGGAAAGGACAUGCAUAUGCAGAACUAGAAAAGGAUCCGUUGGUUUUUAAUUCCAUUUUCCAAGCUCCUCUAGAGAAAGCACUGCAUAUUAUUCUAGUAAGGGACGUGGAUGGUAAAACAUUUUGGGACGCCUUGAGUGAGGCCAUUUCUCCAAGAGUCAAAUCACCGACUCUCGUCGAUGAAUUUGCACUUUCGACCUUCCGUAAUACCUUUGAAAGCCGGCCUCUUAAGAAAGGGACUUCGGUUUUUUUGACUUGGUUGGACACAACGAAAAUGCUUGUUAGUAUAUCACCUGAUGAGACUCCAUCUACCAUUGAUGCUACGAUCGAGUCAUCGAAUGUUACAUCUGCUCUGUUUGAUGUUUUUCUCGGAAGUAACUCAGUUUCCCCGUCACUGAAAGCUUCAGCUUCGAGUGGAUUGGCAGCUGCACUUAAGUAA